UCCGAGACAAGGAUCAUCAUCGUCAUCUGUAUUCUUUUUGGGUUUUGUUCUGAAAUGGCUACUGUGGGGAGAAAUGUAGCAGCUCCUUUGUUGUUCCUCAACUUGGUUAUGUAUUUCAUCGUGUUGGGGUUUGCUAGUUGGUGUGUUAAUAGGGUUAUCGAUGGCCAGACUCAUCAUCCAAGUAUGGGUGGAAAUGGAGCGACGGGUUUCUUCUUGACGUUUUCGAUAUUGGCUGCCGUUGUAGGCAUAGUAUCGAAGUUUGCAGGAGGACAUCAUAUUAGGUCAUGGAGAAGUGAUAGUUUGGCUGCAGCUGGAUCAUCUGCACUCAUUGCUUGGGCCUUGACCGCACUUGCAUUUGGGUUUGCUUGCAAGCAUAUAAACAUAGGAGGGUGGAGAGGAUGGAGGCUCAGAAUACUGGAAGCAUUCAUAAUAAUCCUCGCAUUCACUCAGCUUUUGUAUGUGUUACUGAUCCAUGCCGGUGUAUACAGCAGCAGGUAUGGACCAGGUUAUCGAGAUACCGACUACGGCAUGCGAGGACAGGCGGACGAACCAGGGCCAAAGGCAGGCACCGGUGUGAUGGGGUCCAGGGUUUGAUAAGGACUACAGUGUA